UCACACACACACUCUCUCACUGGAGGUGGGGGCACGGAGAGAUAGAGCUAUUAGCUCGGGCUGCAGCAGACAUCAUUGUACGAGCGGAGGGGAGACGAUUCCACCGGCAGUGCGCGAGAACGCACGGAGCCCCUGGCAACACGGAGAGCCUCGCGCUUCCCUGCCCGUUAUACCGUACAGGAAUGGUGAGGAUAGUCGGAGCCAGACAGAAGCAGACGUGGACAGACAGAGUGGGAAUCUUAAGCCGUCCCCUCAGUAGACAACAGCUGGAGGAGAGAUCUACACUUUGCCAUCACAGACGGACUCUUCUCUCACAUUGAACAUCCCAAACUUCUACCUGGGCAAGAUACAUCGCUAUCCUCCAACUAGGCUGUGCUGGAGGCCUGCGCUGAAACUACGAGCCGCGUUGGGAUUGUAACGACUUCAAUGGGCCACAACACUCACUGAAACACUGGAGGCUACUGAAUGAGGUUCUUCCUGCAGUCCUGGAGACUCUCUCUCGGAAGGAAAUGAUUCCACAUGAAUUGCAUGGACCGCUCUCCCGCAGCAGGUGUGACUUCAAUUGCUUAAGACUGAAAUCUGUGUCAAUCCGACCAUAGGCACAGGACACAUCCCCUCUCACCACCACUCUCCUCUCUACCCCAUUCCCAUACUUGCUCCAAGCCAAUCAGUAGGAGGGCACACUCUGUUAGCAAGACAAACAGAGACCAGGAGGGAGAGGAAAAGAGCCAAAAAAGGGGAAAGAAAAAUCCGGAAAGAGUGGUUCAAGAUUUUCAGACACCAUGAAGUCAAACCAGGAGCGGAGCAAUGAAUGCCUGCCCCCAAAGAAGCGUGAAAUCCCAGCAAGCACUCUGCCCUCAGAGGAGAAGCCCAUGGUGAUGGCCCCUGCCAAUGAGAGCCAGCGUGGAGGGAACCUGGCUUGGCUUGCCAGUCUGGCCAGUGGGCAUGACAAAGGCCGGCUGCACACCAGCACGUCUGCAGAAUCAGAUGGGCCUCAAUAUAAACCAUUGUCAGCCAUGGCUGAGAGCACACCUUCCUCGUCCACACACUCAACCAGAGCUCUAUCUGCAGUCACCACCAUACCUGCAGUGUACACAUCACCUCUCUCCCAUUCUCCUAGCGCAAUCCAGUACACACCCCUCCCUCACAAUAUACACUUCAUCAACCCUCCUUACUCUGCACCAUACGCUGGCUACAUUUCUCCACUAGCUCCCCCUUUAGCUGCCACCACUACCACACAACGUGAGAUUUAUGCCAGCUCCUCCAGUUCUCCAGCAUCCAAAAUUGAUCAGCACCACCAAUUGGGCCGUCCUCAAGGCCUGGUCACAACUGACAACACCUCUUCACCUCACUCCACUCAAUAUGUUCAAAUUGCUGGUUCUCCACUAAGCAUAUCCCCUCGAACUGUUUCGUCACCGCAUACACACAUGCCCCUACAUUUACAUCCUCACCACACACUUCCCCUUAGCGGCCCUUCACAGGUCUUAGUCCCAUACACAGAAAGUCUUUUACCCAAGAGGGAGGAGAUGAGGACCAGGGAGUUGCUGAAUGGAGAGCUGGAGAAGGACAGACGUUUUGGUCCAUCUUCUGAGUCCAGUGCAGGGAAGCAGGGCAGCACUGCCAAAGGGGGUUCCUCUGCCCAGCAGCACCAGAUCCACCAGCAGCAGAGCCCACGUCACUUUGAAGCUCGACAUGUUGUGCUACCUGCCGAGUACACGCAGGACAGCACAGCCAUGAGGACCUCAUUGGUGCUGGUACCUAAUAAUCAUAGCUCCACUAGUGCUGAUUCUGGAGGUGCAUCAGACAAGCUGCCUCCCUCGACAUCCCACCAUGAAAAAGGAGGGAUUUGUGCUGGCAAACCUGUCUCCCGCAGUUCCUCCUUAUCUUCCUCCCUUUCAUUUGCUCUUCCCCCUCCACCUGUGGACAAUCUUAAGGGAGCAGUUCCAGCGCAGUCUCCUCACGCAGUUAUUCAGACCACACUUAACAGCACAGAGUCACUCUCUCUAAGCCUCCCCUCCACUAAUUUCUACUCCACCCAGCAGCCUAUCAUUGGUUACUUUGCCGGCACAGGGCACCAGCAGCCUCUCAGCUACCACACCACCUUACCCCAGCACUUGGUCAUCCCUGGAACUCAGCCGGUCAUCAUCCCAGUAAGUGGAACUGAAGCUACCGCUACAUCAACUGCUGCACUGCCCCAUGCUUUCGUCACCUCAACAGCCCCCAAAGUGGAGACUUUUGAGUCUCCGGCUCCAUACCCCCACCCUGCCACAGCUAUGGUUCAAGCCCAGUUGCAUUUGCCUGUGGUUCCAGCAACUGCUGGCCUGCUGACAACUCCACCCCCACCCUCAGCUCCUUCAAUGCCACCCUACUUCACCAAGGGCUCCAUCAUCCAAUUGGCAGAUGGGGAACUGAAGCGGGUGGAAGACCUGAAAACAGAGGAUUUCAUUCAGAGUGCUGAGAUUAGCAACGAGCUGAAGAUUGAUUCCAGCACUGUAGAGCGCAUCGACAGCAGUCAUACAGCUAACUUUGCUAUAAUACAGUUUGCUGUAGGAGCGCAACGCUCACAGGUCAGUGUGGAGGUACUAGUAGAGUAUCCUUUCUUUGUGUUCGGCCAGGGCUGGUCAUCUUGUUGUCCGGAUCGGACUACUCAGCUGCUCGAGCUGCCAUGCACCAAGCUUUCAGUGGGUGACGUCUGCAUCUCCCUCACCCUGAAGAACCUGAGGAACGGUUCCAUCAAGAAGAGCCAGGGGCAAGUCUUGGAUGCACCUGCACUCGGUCCACCUCUUAAAUCACCAAAAGCACUCUCAAGUGGCGCACGAGGGGGUGUUCGGCACACAGAACAGGAAAAUGGACUCGGGCAGUGUGCAGAUCAAGGAAGUAGAGGCGGUCAAGGCAAUAGAGAAAACGGAGAACUGAGGUUUGGUGAAAGGGACAACUGCAAAGCUCCAACACUCACAGAAUCAGAGACCAGCAGUAAACCCACAGGUCGAAAAAGAAGGUGGUCCGCCCCUGAGGGUCGUAAAGUAGAAAAUCCAGAAGGAGAGCCCCCUUUAACGUUCCCUAAGCCUUCUUUCAUCCCUCAGGAGGUUAAAAUCAGUAUCGAAGGCAGAUCAAAUAUUGGAAAGUGAACAUGCGUCGGACUGUCCGCUUUUAAAAUUGCAAAAUUUGCCCUCAGAAUGUUUUUAAUUGUUCUGUUGUCCAGAUUUUUUUUCCUAAAGGCAAAAUUUACUCAGUAUCUAUGUUAUCACAUCUAACAUUGUAAUAGAGGAAUUCAAUUUUACACAGGCAAUUGGUGCAUUUCAAUUGAUUGGUCAAAUUCAAGGUGGAUGUAGAGCAAGGUGAGAAGGUUGUGAGACGGCAUGUUAUCCUGAAGGCUCCGGCAUAUAAAAUUACUCACAGCUGACAAGACGUCUCUCUAGUCUCUCACCUACGAAAUUCUUUUGGCUUACAAACGACACUUAGUGGCAAUUAAAACAUUCGCUUGCUGAACCUGAAAAUGUUAGUAAGGGAAGAUGAACAAGUGGUGUGAAUAUGGUGGCAGAACGGAAAUCACUCCUCCACUGGUUGCAGGAGUUUACAUGAUGUCAGCCAUCUUGUUUAACUGUGACUACAAGAGACUAUCCAAAUCGAUCCUAACAAUAUAGAGCAGUAUGGUCAGCACAGUUAGAAUAGCAAAGAUUCUGGUAACGUUUAUUGAAGUGCAAAAAGAGGUUUCCAAAUACUAUGGUACAGGCCAAGAGAGAUGAUGUCAUUGAGCGGUGCCAGUUUGCUCCUCAGAAAAGACAAAACUAUCACUUUAAACAGGGAAGAUGGACGAAUCUAUUUUUAUAUAUCCAACUGUCUAACCUUUUAUUUGACUAUUUUUGUAGUUUUGCAUGUCUUACUUUUCAAACCCUCCUAUCAUACCUGAUGGGUAGAUUUUUCUUAUGUUUCCCUCCCUUUUUUUGUGAUGAAUGUGUCAACCUUGCAAUCAGGGGUCAUUUUUUUGUAUGUAGACACAGAAUGGGUUCUUGUCUAUGAAUAUAUAUGCAUGGAUGUAUCUUGAUGCAUACAAACACAAUGGGUGAGGAAAUCGACCAGUCUUUUGUUUUAGUGCAGUCUCGGCUGUUUUGAUUUCGUUUAAAGAAGAGAACGUUGAUUAUUUUGAAAGAAAGAGUUGGAAAGUUGGCUGCGAAGGAUGAGGUGUGAGUGCUGAAGCACUUAACUAAUACGCCUGUCACUGAUAGUAGUUUCAAUCAACCGAAUGAAAUAAUGAUUUAUUAUUGUUAUUAAUAUUGCUACAACUAUUUUCUGUUGAUUUUUUUCAAUUUAAACACAGUACUGUAUGCUGUAUCAUCAAUUGGAUGUUGAGUGACUCUGGAAAGACGAUAGGGUCACAGUGAAGGAAUGAAUGUAAAAGGUGAUCAAAGAAAGAGAGAUUUUGUCCUCAUGAGGAUUGCUUUAAAGGAAGCACUUUUUAAAGAUUGGCUAAGCCAUCUCAAGCAAGUUGAGUAAAGAUGACGAAACAACUGCCAUUUAAGUCAUUCAAAGCGAGUCGAAUGAAAGUAUGAAUGCGAAUAAGGAUGGAAUGGAAAUACGUACAGAGACUGUUUAUAUAUUUACGAGAGAUACGAGAGACAAAGUGUAAGUGAGAAACUCUGGCUACGGUAAUCUUUGGAGGAUCGAAGAGUGUCAUAUACUUGUUUGUUAGCAAUGUGUGUGAUCGUGCCCGCAUGCGAGUUUGUGUGCAGCCGCACACAAACACAUGUACACACGGUUACGGUGAUUUUCAGUCGUGUUGAAAUAGACAUGUCAUGUAUUUUUUGUACAUUAAUGUGUAUAGAACUGCAUAUGCUAUAUCUAUCUUACUGUAUGAGAGCGCAAGACUACAUGAGCACGUUUUUAGUCCCGUCCCCCAAGACACUGACUCAUCGAACGUAUGUGAAAGCAAUCAUGUAGUCAUUUCAGUUUUGUGUGAGUGCGUGUGUGUUUGGGUGUGUGCAUGUGUGUGUACAUACCACACAUAUUAUAAAUAGAUAUUUAAGUUCUACUUAAAAGAAUAUUGCAAUUUGCACAUCUGGAGAGAUAGUAACAUGAUUUAUUUUGUUUUCUGCCAGCAAAGACAGGGCCGAAAACCAGAUUUUUACUGAAAUGUAGCAGUUUCUUGGCAAGUUUGUUUAGUUCGCGGGUCUGUUAGGUUCAUUUUCAUUAGGAAAACCAGGAAGCUCCUUUUCUGGAGGGUUUGAAUGAGCAGGAUUUUUUUGCACGGUGCUAUGUUGAAGAGUUCGCUCAUAGCCUGUAGUCUGCAUACUUGUCAAGUCGUUCGAGUGGCCACACUCAAGUUAACUUGGGUAGGUGAAAAUCUGGCAGGAAGAUGGGUUGUAGUAGAGAAUAAAAGAUGAAUGAAUGGAUUUAAUGAGUGGUGGAGGGUGGGUGAGUGAGUGCACCCCAUAUACAAUUUGAAAAUGCUUUAUUUUUUAUAAUAAAACAGGGUUUCUCAGAUCAACACCACAACCAUGCAUUUUUUUCCCUUUUUUUCCAUUGGAAAUGUCUCCACUUCUGUCUUUUAACUUGUGUGUGGGAGUUUUACUUGGAUUAUAUGUGUGAAUGUAUCCGUUUCAACCAAUCAAACUUGAUAUUUUCAUUGUGUUCGACGUUUAUUUUGGGCCAAACGCUAGAAAUAUUGUUUGUCCGUUGAACCACCCCAAGAACAGAACUGUCGAUGGCGGUCUCGCAUUUUUGUCUGGUUUUUCCAAUCUGUUCCCUUUGUCCUUCUCUUCAUGUAAUGAUCAGUGUUUUCAAUGUCGCUCAUUGCUUCAAUCAUUUAACAGUCUGCCUCCUUCUGGUUGCACAGUGUGGUUCCACGUACGCAUGAGAAGCAUUCCGAACAACGGCACGUAGCAAUAACCCUUAGUCUCUAGUGCUGAACCAAAAAUACAAAAAAAAAAA